CCGGAAGCGGCAGGGCAGCAGUGAGACAGGCAGCCAUUGCUGAGCGUCGUGGCUCAGGGAGAGAGAGAGAGAGAGAGACCCGGAGCCAGAUAUACUCCCUUAUACUCUUCUGUACUCCCUAAACCUCUUAUCUACUACUCUACAAAACUCUCCCUCUGACAUUACUGCCGUCUCUACAGCCGCUCUCCGCUCAGAACCGGGAACUUACAAGACCCAGAUAUGUCCUUCAUAUUUGAUUGGAUUUAUAGUGGUUUCAGUAGUGUACUGCAGUUUUUAGGGCUGUACAAGAAAUCGGGCAAAUUAGUAUUUCUCGGCCUGGACAACGCGGGCAAGACGACGCUACUGCAUAUGCUUAAAGAUGACAGACUGGGUCAACAUGUGCCAACAUUGCAUCCAACUUCAGAAGAGCUGACGAUUGCUGGCAUGACCUUCACCACCUUUGACCUUGGCGGCCACGCGCAGGCACGACGAGUCUGGAAAAACUACCUCCCAGCCAUCAACGGCAUCGUCUUCCUCGUCGACUGCAUAGACCACCCCAGACUGGCCGAGUCCAAAACAGAACUCGACGCACUAAUGACAGAUGAAACUAUUGGAAAUGUGCCUAUCCUGAUCCUCGGCAAUAAGAUCGAUAAGCCUGAGGCCAUCAGUGAGGAAAAGCUGCGGGAAAUAUUCGGAUUAUACGGUCAGACAACGGGCAAGGGCACGGUUCCUCUGAAGGAGCUGAACACACGGCCGCUGGAGGUGUUUAUGUGCAGUGUGCUGAAGAGGCAGGGGUACGGCGAAGGCUUCCGCUGGCUCUCUCAGUACAUCGAUUAGCCCCCGCCCCGCCAGGAGGGGGGAGGGGUGCGCCAGGAUCCGCUGUCCUGUCGCUGCCCUGCGCCCCGUCCUGCGCCCCGUCCCGUUCUACAGCCUGCCUUCACUCUUCAACUGAAAACAGCAGCGACUCCUAAACUCAGACUUUUACUAUCUGGACCUUAAAUUCAGCAGUUUUUUUUCUCACGUUUCCUUUUCUAAGAGAAUCUUUGGGUCUUUCUGUUUUUCUGGUUUCUUUCUUCACGGUUGGUUUUGGUUUCUGUUUCUGUGAUUUGGAGCGGCGAGUAUCAGACCUGCUCCUCAGCUUUCUGAUAUCACCAGUGUUGCUUUAGAUUUCAGCCAUAAUAUUCCUUUACCCCUCGUCUCUGAUCAUCCUGAAGAUGAGCGUCUAUGAAUUGAUCUAAUCAGCGUCGCUGCAGUUUCAUCUGCGUGUUUUUUUCCCCCCUAAAAUACAAAACUAAAACCAUCUAGUUAUAAAAUAUUACCAAAAUCUCCUAAAUCUGUUUAAUCUUUUUUAGUACAGCCUGAAAUCUUACAGAUACGGUCAUUUUCACACCUACAGAGCUUUUAUCUGUUUAAAUCCGUUAAAGGAAAUUUGGAAGGUCUUACCGUUGGUUUGUUUGGGUUUGUUUUCACACAAGCAAAAACCAGAAGUGCACCAAAAUGUGCAACUCCUGCAUACAGUACAGCCCAAACCUGUAGAGAGUCCAGCUGAUCUUCAGAUCACGUUUUCACCACAAACCGAAGCGAACAUCUCCUCUCGCAGGUCUCGGACCAGUUCUGAUUAAUCCGAUUUAACCAGAAUAAAAAGUGCAGAUGUGAAAACAGCUUGUAAAACGUAAAGUGCACCACAACAUGAACAGUUUAAAGGCUGUUGUAAAUGUUCUUUAUCAGUUUAAACUUCACUCUCAGAACUUUGUUUUUUGUAGUAAAAAGUGUUCUUUGUUUUAAAUUCGCUGAAGGAAACUUUCUCUAUCGCUUUAGUAAAAUGGCAAUAACCACGAAACUGGGAUCUUAUAUUGCAGAGCAGCGAAAGACAAGGGCAGUUUCUGGUGUAAAAUAAAGGGUUUAAACAAGGGUUUCUUUAGUUUUCUUAAAUAUGAACAUAUUCAAGUUCUGAAAGACCACAACAGUCUCUCUUAUCUUCUUUCAUAAACAACCAUUCUGUCCAUUCUGUAGGUCACUGACGGACUGAUUCAGGGUGUUUAAGAUGGUGGAGAUGUGAUUGGUCGGCGCUCGAGCGGGAUGUGAUCUAAACCCCACAGAUGGAUUUUUAUAAGCGGUGUCCUGAGUAGUUCUCUAUUUGAGCCGUGUGCAUUAUUUAGAGAAAUAACUAUUAUGCAUGCCUUUACUUUCAUUUUUUUAAUAAACCUGACUAAUAAGGAAAAUUUCUAAAAACGAGAGGCCAAAUUAACAAACAGUGAACAGUUAUGUUUUUCUUUUAAUGAGGUACAAAGCAAUGGCACAAUAAUAGACUCUUUUUCUGUUCUGUUCCUUUGCGUACCAUCUAUCAUUCCAACAGCUGUUCUAUGUAAGGGAGAUACUGUUGUUUGCAUCAUAAAUUGUAAUAAAUGUUUGCAUUUAAUACAGGA